UAAAUAAUUACUUAUCUUUUUUAAAUAAGACGAACGGUCAAACACAUACUAAAAAGUCAACGGCGUCAAACAUUUCGAAACGGAGGGAGUAGUAGUAUGGUGACAAUUAUCCUGCUCCAUCAGUGCCCCAUUUGCCUCAGCAUGCAAAACCUAUCACUCGUAUACAUUUGGCACUCCUGCCAGUGCUUUCUGCUCUUUCUAUUCCCUCCCUCCCUUCUCCCUUCAUAGUUCCACCCUCCUUCCAUUCCUCUCUGCUGGUCAGGGACGAGAGAAACGUAAACCCAGCCGUGACAUUAUAUUGCCUAGCUAGUUGAUUAAUUUGUUGCAAGAACUGGCUAGCUAGCUCGAGAAAUUCUGUGUACCUGGCCGGGUGCAUGGGCAGCGGCGGCGAAGGAGGUGGUGGAGCAGCGAGCGUACGGGAUCAGCCGCCGCAUGACUUCGCCAACGUCGCGUCCUUCUCCGAGUUGCCGUUCCUGCGGCCGGCUCCGGCGCCCAGGGAGAGCCCCAACAACUCCGCCAUCCGCCUCUUCGGCAUCGACGUCCCGCACGCGUCGUCGUCGCCUGACGGCAAAGCCUCCAAGGAAUCCGUCGUCGUCUCCACCGCCGCCGCCGCGGCGUCCACGCAUGGCGCUGCCGCUGCCGCCAUUGCCGCGGCCGCCGACAGCAGCCGCAAGUUCGAGUGCCACUACUGCUGCAGGCACUUCCCGACGUCGCAGGCGCUCGGGGGCCACCAGAACGCGCACAAGCGGGAGCGGCAGCACGCGAAGCGGGUGCAGAUGCAGACCGCGAUGGCCGCUGCCGCCGCGGCGGCCAGCGGCGCGCACCACCACCACCACCACCACCAGCUGCUCGGCUACCCGCAGCAUCAUCACCGCUUCGGCUUGGCAGGCCCCACGGUGGCGGCAUUGUAUCAACACCCGUCGUGGCCGACGAUGAGCGGCGGCGGCGGCGGUAUCUCCUCAAUUGGCCCUCAGUUCUAUAGCGGGAUCGGAUCGGUCACCCAGCCGAUCAACGGGAGCCCGCUGCCGGCGGGGCUCUGGAGGCCGGGCCCGAUGGCGGCGCCGCCGCUGCUGGCCGGAGAGCGGCGGCCGGUCGCGGUGUCGACGUCGUCCGUGUUCCGAGGAGACGAGCCAAGAGCUUCAGCUUCUCUUGUGGCGUCCCAGACAGCUUCUUCCUCUUUGCUGCUGUCUCCGCAAGGUCAGUUCGCUUGUGAGCAGCCGCCGGCGACCACCGCAGCUGAGGGCGUGAGCUUAGAUUUGCACCUAUAAUUGUUCUUUUUUCUUCUGUUGGUUUUAGCGGAUUACUACGUACAAUAACUGAUUUCUCGCUACCUUUUCUUCCUUGCCUGGGAAUGAGAUUGCCCUUUACUAAAUUCA